UUGUUUACUUUUAAAAUUCCUAAAAUGCUUACCCCUGCUGUUCUUGUGUGGCUGUAUGUGUAACGUAAGGCCAUAACCCUUUUUGACCGACAUCCCGCAGGACCAAAAAUGUGGGGGAGGCCGGCAAAUGUUGCCAAUUCGACAACGGCACUCAAAUGAAUUGGCGGUUAUUGCGCGGGGAGGCGCUUGGGAUCGUCCUUUCCUCCCUUCAUCCCUUGAUCCGUUCCCAUUCUACCAACCCCUCACACCAGAAUGCGUUUGCUUAACGGUUCAUUGGAUGGCGAGCUUCCUGUCCCUGGGUCCUGCCAAUCUUCUGGGCAUUGGGCGAGGAGUAAUCACAUUUAAUAUGAAACGCAAUGCAGCAAAAAUGCCGGAAACUUGCACGAAGGAUGUUAUAUAUACGUGUGGCUGUGCCGAAUCCGUCAGCAUUUUGUUGCAAUCACCGAGGGGCAUUUGGGGAGAAGGAACGUGACAUAUCAAACACUGCAACCAAACCGAAGCGAAGUCAUCGUCAUCCUCAUCGACGUCAUCGCCAUCAUCAGCGCAUCCUACGGUCAUCAAUGCAGCUGAUGGUAGCUGAGAUGACGGCUC